GAAGCUGAGACACAGAAAAGUUUCGAUAAGUCUGAAAAUGAUAUCAAAUCACUACAGUCAGUAGGGCAGAUCGUGGGAGAAGUGCUUAAACAGCUUACUGAGGAGAAAUUCAUUGUCAAGGCUACCAAUGGACCGAGAUACGUGGUUGGCUGCCGUCGCUCGAUAAACAAGGAAGCCCUCAAGCAGGGCACUCGAGUCGCUCUUGAUAUGACCACACUCACUAUUAUGCGCCAGUUGCCUCGGGAAGUGGACCCUUUGGUUUACAAGAUGUCGCACGAAGAUCCUGGAAAUAUUACUUAUGCUGAUGUUGGUGGACUGGCAGAGCAAAUUCGUUGUGAAUUACCAUGGAUCAAUCCAGAAUGUCGCAGAGUUGGUAUAACUCCACCGAAAGGGUGUCUGCUAUACGGACCGCCAGGAACAGGCAAAACGCUUCUUCGCAAGUUGGAUUGUAAUUUCUUGAAAGUGGUUUCGUCUGCUAUUGUCGAUAAAUAUAUCGGCGAGUCUGCUCGAAUGAUUCGUGAGAUGUUUCAAUUAUGCUCGCGAUCAUCAACCCUGUAUUGUUUUCAUGGACGAGAUUUGAUUAGCAUUGGUGGUCGACGGUUUUCCGAAGGCACUUCAGCUGAUCGUGAAAUUCAACGAACUUUGAUGGAGCUGCUUAAUCAGUUGGACGGUUUCGAUUCAUUGGGAAAAGUCAAAGUUAUCAUGGCAACCAAUCGCCCCGACACUCUUGAUCCUGCUCUCCUACGUCCCGGUCGUCUUGAUCGUAAGGUUGAAAUUCCUCUGCCGAAUGAACAAGCCAGACUUGAGGUUUUGAAAAUCCACGCAAACCCGAUUACAAAACACGGUGAUAUCGAUUACGAGGCAGUUGUUAAGUUAUCGGACGGGUUUUCUUGUGCUGAUUUGCGUAAUGUGUGUACAGAAGCUGGUCUUUAUGCGAUCAGGGCCGAGCGAGAGUACGUCAUUGAAGAGGAUUUCAUGAAAGCCGUCAGGAAGGUUGGAGAUGCGAAGAAGCUUGAAACGAAGCUGGACUAUAAACCUGUCUAA